CUCGGCCCUCAGUGCAUGGGAAGCAUCUGAGGGAGGCCGACUGCGUGUACUCAUUUACCGUGUUUGCAUAUUAAUCGACCUACAUUCAUAUCAGCCAUGGCAGGGGCGUUACUGAAGAAGGGCUUUGACCAGCUUAGGAGCAAAGAGUUCAGGCAGUACUUAAUGAGCACACACUUUUGGGGACCAAUUGCAAAUUGGGGGAUUCCCAUUGCUGCCAUUGCAGACACAAAAAAGCCUCCGGAGAUUAUUAGUGGAAAGAUGACCAUUGCUCUGUGUUUCUAUUCGGCAAUUUUUAUGAGGUUUGCCAUCAAAGUGCAGCCAAGAAAUUUGUUGCUCUUCAGUUGCCACUUCACAAAUGAAACUGCUCAAAUUAUACAGGGUUGUCGUUUGAUAAAUUACGAGUACUUUGGAGGCAAGGAAGCCAAGAAGGCAGAAGAAGAAGCAUCUGCUGCUGCUGUUAGUGCCUAACUAAUUUACUUUUUUUUUUUGCUAAGGGAAUCUGGCAUCAUGUAUUUUCUCCCUUUGCUUUCAACUAAAUUUUGGGUGUAAAUUAUUAUUGAUAUGUCAAGGUUCAUCCUUGUGUAAAUAAAAUGGAUCUUUACCUGAUGAACUGUUGAAAUACUAUUUUAUCCAACACAAGUACCCAGACAAAAAUUCUUCGGUCUGUCAGUUAUCAGUUCUUCCUGUAAUUAUUGUUAUAAUAAUUCACAAACUGCAAUAACCAAUGUGGUGGAAAAAAUAUUAUGUCAAAGUUUGUCAUGUGAAAUUGUAUCCUGGCUUGGAAUUUUAAAGCCUGUGUAGAAAAAAAUGUCAGUGAAUACUGGAACUAUACAUGAGAAUAAUGAUAAUGUAAUAUGCAUGUAUAUAUACACAUAUAAAAAGGUUUAUCCAGUGGUGGUUUUGAUGUAAGAAUAUCAGACAGUUCAAGGUUAAUUAAAGCAACUUAAUAGAGGUACACAUGUACACAUACUGGAGAUAAUAUAUUAACAAAUAAAAUACUAAAUGGGAGUUACUAAAUCCGUUUGUAAUUAAAUGAAAACAAAGGUUGUCCUAUAGUACACUUUUAGUAAAUGCACAGAGAAGAAAUGUAAGUAAAUCACAGAAGAUAUAAAUGUGAUGUAUAUGUACUGAUAAUAUGUAACACUUGUUGUAAUACAUUAAUUCCUGAUAGUCUUCUAGGGUUUUAGUUUUCUUAUACUAAUACCUCAUAAGUUUAAAACUAAAAUAGUCAUGGUGCAAUGUAUACAGGCUGUGCUAUCUUUGUGCAGCUAGUGCUUAACAAUAUCUCACUGUUGUAUUGUACUAUAAUAUAAAUGGAUUAAUAUUGUUGAUGAACACUGCAGUAACAGUGUUCACAGUGAUGUCACUCCAGCCAUAACUAUUUUAGCUGUACAGACUUUUACCAAAUCAUUUGGUGUUUAGAUUAAGUGCCCGUUGUGCUCAAAAGAGUGAAAAGAAGACAGCUUUCACUGUGUCACAGAAAGCGCCUCCCCAUCAGACUACCUAAUCAUAUUUGUACAUGAUGGUUUCCAGUGCUCUGUACAUAUCUGAAUAUCUAUUUGAGUGCUAGUAGUGUUGCAUAUGAAUUGAAAGGAUUCUUUUUGAUUGAAAAUUGUGUAUAGGACUUGAAUUUUAUGUAAACAUGUCUCACACUAAUGAUUUAUCCUUAGUGAAGGAUACACUUUUUUUAUUUUUGUGAUUUUUAAUAGUAUGCAUAUUUUGUGCAUCUUCAAUGCAUUGAAAUAUUGAUUAUGAAUUUGGAAUUCAAUCUUAUUUACAUGCAGAACAGGUAUCUAUAGAUAAUGUCUUUCAAGAAUAUCCGUGUUGUUGGGUAUUACAGUUGUUAUUGUACAUGUUGAAAUAAAACUUAGAUUUUG